AUGGCCAAUGCUUUUUCCGAUGCUAACACUGCCGACAAUCAGCCACUUGAGUCGACGAUUCUUCCGGAGCUCUACAUCAAAGCCAACCACGGCCAGCGAAAAUUUAACAUCCAAAUUCUCGACUCGGCGCAAAUGUCGUUCGAUAGCGAGCCGAACGUCAGCCAGCAGUUUCUCGACGUGGGCUGCGGAACGGGCGACUUCACUCGGCAAGAACUGUUGCCGCGCUGUCAGCCCUGCCGCAGGAUUGUGGCCACCGACGUCUCCCGAGCAAUGGUGGAGUACGCCAGAGAGAACUUUGGUCAUCCGCAGAUCACGUACGAGGUACAUGACAUCGAAAGCGACGUCUCGGGACUCGUGCAGAAGUACGGCGAGUUUGACCGCGUCUACUCUUUCUUCGCACUCAACUGGACGGAGGACCUCACCGCGGCUCUGCACAACGUUGCAAACUUGAUGACCGACGACGGCGAGUGCUUGCUAGUGUUCACGGCUCGACACGCGAUGUACACGGUGUGGAGGAGAAUCGUGGAAAUGGAUCGAUGGAAGUCGUACAAAGCAGCCGUCGAGCGUUUCAUUCCAGAAACUCAAAACAUCGAACACGCGUCGGACCUUAGCUCCUACGUGCUGCGCUGUCUCGAGGGUGCCAACCUCAAGCCGCGCACCUGGAAGGUACUGACCCAAAACACAGACCCCGGAAAUGUGGAGAAACACAUCGAAAGGGAACGCUCCUUGAACCCCAUUUUACCCAUGCUGCCCGAGGAAUUAAAGACGCAAUUCAAGAGGGACGUGGCCGCGGUUAUCCGCAAGUUUUGCACUGAAACACCGGCCGGGGAUCCACAGUAUAUCGGGCACAACUUCGUUGUUCACGCCAGAAAAGUUUCCAAAUGA